AUGUAUUCCUGGAAUAACACCAACGUGCCCUACUUCAUCCUUGUGGGAUUAACAGACUCUCGAGAAAUGCAGCUGCUCCUCUCUCUGCUCUUUGUCCUGAUCUACGUGAUUUCUGUGGUGGGUAACCUAGGUCUGACAUCCAUCAUUUGGCUGGAUCACCAGCUUCACACACCUAUGUAUUUUUUCCUCACUCACCUUUCAAUCCUUGAUCUAUGUUAUUCAAAUGUCAUCACACCUAAAACCUUAGUGAACUUGCUGACUUCUUCCAAGAGCAUUUCCUUCGUGGGCUGUUUCACUCAGUUGUACUUUUUCGUUCUGCUUAGUGCUACAGAAUUUUUUAUCCUCACUUCCAUGGCCUAUGAUUGCUACAUAGCCAUCUGCAACCCUUUGCACUAUCCAGUGAUUAUGUCACCAAGACUCUGCCGAGCCCUACUCACUGGGUCCUACAUGGUUGGCUUUCUGGAUGCCACUGUCAAUAAUCUUUUCAUGCGCAGACAAGAUUUCUGCAACUCCAACAAAAUUCAUCACUUUUUCUGUGACACAUCCCCGAUUUUAGUCCUGUCCUGCAAUGACACCUAUGGCACUGAAAUGAUGAUAAUGCUCCUUGGUGGUUCCUCGAUAAUAAUAUCACUUAUCAUAAUAUGUGUGUCCUAUGUCUGGAUUCUCUCGACUAUUCUGAAAAUCACUUCCACUUCAGGAAAGCAGAAAGCCUUCUCCACCUGUGCCUCCCAUCUCCUUGGAGUCACCAUUUUCUAUGGCACCAUCAUUUUUACUUAUUUAAAACCCAAGAAGUCCUACUCGCUGGGAAAGGAUCAAGUGGCUUCUGUGUUUUAUACUAUUGUCGUUCCCAUGUUGAACCCACUCAUUUAUAGUCUGAGAAAUAAGGAAGUGAAAAAUGCUUUCAUUAGGGUCAUGCAGAAAAGAGGAGGGUUCAGACAAUUAAAAUAA